UGUUGUUUGCAAGGGCGUAAAGUGCGUUUUACCCUUUAUGUUGCGACUCCUUAGUGGUAAUUCAAGUGGAUUUUCUUCAAGGAAAUAAUGACUUCUUCUGUUGCGGAACCCAGAACUGGCCCUUUGUAUUUCUUUGACCAGCCAACAAAACGAAGCCGGAUUAAAGGGACACGAAGCAGCAUUUUGCAUUUUAACUCGGCAAUUGAAGAAAUUAAGUGCGAAGAUGCAACACACAGCAAUCGAGAUGACAACAAAGAAAGUGAAGAGCUCUCUCAGAGGCUGUCAGGUGAAACAUGUGGAGAUGCUAAACCUGAUACCUCUCCUGCGCUCAACAUAAAGGAUCCGAUGGAUGCAUACAGGCGAGCAGCCCCGCAGUUAUUAACCGAAGUGGCUCGACUACUUUCACAACAUAAGUGGACUGAGGAGGGCCGGCUUCCUCACGGGAUUGUAAAUAUUCUGAAUUACUCCUGGAAGGAUCUAACAGCUGCGGGGUCGGUUCACUUGAGAAGUUCGGAACAGACUGAAAAACGACCAAAGUCCAAAGGUUCCGCUAAAUUGGAUGCAGCUUGUUCCCAGCAGGUGUCCGCCAGUGACAAGAGGGAGGCAGGAGGGAGAGGAGGAGAGUGUGCUGUGGAAAAUGAUGCUCCCUCUGUGAGAAAAGCACCCGUCAGCUCAAAUCCACAUGUGAAAAAACGCAGACACAAUUCCAAUAGAGCUCCUAAUUCCUCCUCCAUCAGUUUCUCCAUCUCCAGCAGCUGCAGUAAUCCAGGUUGGAUCAUCCAGCCGAAGCAGCCCUCCUGUGAUGAGCCUCAGCAGAUCAGUUUGAGUCAGUGGGUGGUGGAGCGACUCCAGGCAGCAAGAAGUCCUGAAAAACUUCAAGCAGCUGAAGAGAGAGUGAACAGACCCCUCAUACUCCGCCACUAUGGUGAUGCAAAGGCAAAACUAAAGGACAGGCGAGCGAGGAGAAAGGCCCAACCUGCUGCUCUAGUCAACGGGAUGCCCCAGAUACCAGAAGUGAAGCAGCAGGAUCCGGUCCGGCAGAAACUACACUACAGGAUCAACGACGGCUCCUCCUUCAUAUACCAUCCGUCUGGUUGUGUCGCAGUAUGCCAGAGCCACUCCGGUCUGCCCUGCGGAGGCUUCUAUACCAAUGUGUUCAGUGACAGCGAGUGUCCCGUUAUUCUGGCGACCAUCACUGCGUUUGGGCACGGGGCUGUUACACACCCUCUGAGCUCUGCCAUCACAGCAGUGUGGGACCAGGAUGGUGGAUUCAUGUGUGAUGAUCAUGGGAACAUAACUAAGGAGUGGAGCUGGCAUACACGCACACUGACGGAGAAGAUUGUUAUACAGUUGUCAGGUGUAAUCUCUGUGAGGCUGUUCAGUGGGACUUCUGCAAUGCUCAGCUUCCGGUGCAAUAACGAAAGUGUUCAACUUCCUCUUUCUGCCCUGUCCAGUGUUAAUCAGUCAGAGGAAACGACUCUGCAGACUGAAGAAAAGUUUACCUCCGAUUCUGCUCACGACCUCGUGCUGGGGAGGAAGAUAAAAUCCCCUGCUGUGGUCCUGGAGAGCAAGAGGAACCUGACGCUAACACCUGUGUGUGGGAGCUCCCGGGAGGUCCUCCAGAUGGUCAGAGAGGUGGAGGGGCUCGAGGAGCCGUCAGCAGAGUGGAGAAGAGGAGGGCAUGUUGGCAGGGAGCUGAAGAGGCUCCAGCAGAGGGUACGAACCACCCUAAACGGCUGGCUGGAUUAUUAUCGCGUGGCCAUUGGUAUCAGGUGUCCUGACACAAAGCGGAUGCCAGAUGCCCCACUGAGGACCAGGCUGAGGAGGGAGGUACAGUCAGCAGCUCUGCCCUCUCUGCGGGCAGAUGCUAAACCGGUCCGGCCUGAGGAGGGCAGGAAUGAGUUACAGGAGCUGCAGAGGCAUCCGUCGGCAGCAGCAGAAAGACCUCUGGACUCCAACAUCAAGCUGCCAAGGAAAACACAGAAAAAGCAAACAAAGGAGGAACCCUGUGUCACACAGAUAGGACCUCUCCAAAUUUAUGGCAACAUCCAACCUGAGUCAGUGAUUAUUCCAAACAGUGCAGAUUUGCAGCCCUCCGCUGUCACUCGCUGUCCAGCCCCACCAUCAUUCACCCCCUCCACCCCUCUCACAGUGUGCCCCGCUCUGCUGAGAGCUGCCCUGCUGCGGGAGGGGGGGCGCAGGCGGUGCUGCUGCAGCGCUGCACUGAUGCCAGUGGUGACGGACCUGGAGUACGAUGCCUUCGUUAUGGGCCAGCCUCCACACAGUCAACAGAUCCUGGUGGUGUGUGUGACUCCGCCGCUCCGACCCGUCAACACGCAUGCAGCACGCGGUCAGGACAUGUUGGAGCAGCUUUACAGGAGGAGGAACAAGCACAGAACCAUGCCUUGUUCUCAGUGCCAGAUGGAUUCAUUUCGCCUGGUGCGCUAUGAGAUGUCAACAGGGAAGCCCAGCGGUGCAUCGGAGAACAUCCUGCUGCAGCAGCGGCACAACGCUGCUCCUGGGAUGGUCCUGAUGUACAUCAGAGGGAAGCUGCUGUUUGUGGGCUACAUAUUCGGUGGUGACAGCUGCUCUGUCAGGGACCUUCAAAAGCAAAUCUCCAGAACCAGGGGUGACUACAGAUUAGGCCUGAGCCUGCCUUCAGACUACCAGUUCAGUGAUGCAGUUAUUACCUCAGCAGCCGCAGAUGCUCACAGCUCACAUAAUGCAACACGAAAAAGAGGAGAUGACACAACACUGACUGCCUCAGUGGAAAAGGAAAAGGCCAAUCAGAGAAAAAACAACCAAGAUCCUGAAGUAUCAAACAAACGACAGAGAAGCUUUUGGAUCAAACCAAAGAAGACUUCAGCACUGCCUCGAGUUCCUGUCAUCACACACUGAAUAUGCAACAGUUACAUAUAAAUAUCUGUAGUGUGCAAUCAAACUCCAAAUGCACCAUUUGUUUAUAAUGCAGAUUAACAGCACUGCUUUAUCUGUAUCUGAAAUGCAAUUAUUUUUUUUAAACUUCUUGUCAUAAGAAGUAAAACCCUUUCAGGCAUUAGGGUUGAAGAUCUUUUAACACAAUGUUUCAGUGAGAUUUUCAUAUUAUUUAAAUAUCUAUGGGAAAUAUUUGUAUUUAUUGUAACAUUUUACAAUGAGGAGAUUUAAUAAAAACACCAAGCUACCCUGUUA